UCCGACUGUGCCCUGGCGAGAGGCUGCAACAAAUCGGCAAAACUGUGUGCUCCCAGCCAGCAAGAUCCAAUCGGAUCAGCAAGGACUUCGAGCUACGGAGUCUAACAUCAUUGUUUACCCAUUAUUUCGAACUAAUCUGCAGGGAUUCCCUCUCUCAAAAGCCUUGGUACUACAUGGUCCCCAGCAGCAGCGAGUAAUGCCAGUUUACCCCGCGCCCUGACGGACUGUGUUGUUGUAUUCCCCAUAAGAGAUUAGCACUUUAUUUUUCUCUCUCUCUCUCUCUUCUCUCUCUCUUCUCUAAUUGUCUUGUGGCAGUGUAUUCCAUGGUUUAAGCUGGGGUCUGUAUGGAAGUACUAAGAACCAGGUCCGAGGAAGACACGUGUACUUUCCGUCAAUCAGCAAUGCUUUUCCAUGGAAUCUCCGGGGGCGAGAUACAGGGGAUCAUGGAGGAAAUGCAGAGGAGAUCCAAGACAGAUUCCCGGCUCGCCAAAGGAGUGCAGAUGAACGGAAGGGAAACGACCAUGCCUUCUAUGAACUCGGAUAAACCCGCCUUGUGCGCUGGCUGCGGUGGUAAGAUAGCAGAUAGAUAUUACCUGCUGGCUGUAGACAAACAGUGGCACCUAAGGUGUCUCAAGUGCUGUGAAUGUAAACUCGCUCUGGAGUCAGAAUUAACUUGUUUCGCUAAGGAUGGCAGCAUUUACUGUAAGGAGGAUUACUACAGGAGGUUUUCUGUACAACGCUGCUCCCGCUGUCACCUCGGAAUAUCCGCCUCCGAAAUGGUUAUGCGAGCCAGGGACUCAGUGUAUCACUUGAGCUGUUUCACGUGUACGACUUGCAACAAAACACUAACCACAGGCGAUCAUUUCGGCAUGAAAGAUAACUUGGUUUACUGCAGAGUUCACUUCGAGUCCCUGAUGCAGGGAGACUAUCACACGCAACUGAACUACACGGAGCUGGCUGCAAAGAGUGCGGGUCUCGGUUUGCCUUACUUCAACGGAACAGGCGCUGUUCAGAAGGGACGUCCCAGGAAAAGGAAGAGUUCUGCCCUCGGAGUUGAUAUCCCAACUUACAAUCCAGGGUGUAACGAAAACGACGCGGACCAUUUGGAAAGGGAGCAACAGUCCUACCCGCCAACCCAGAAAACCAAGCGCAUGCGCACAUCCUUCAAACACCACCAGCUUCGCACCAUGAAGUCCUACUUCGCCAUAAAUCAUAACCCAGAUGCGAAAGAUCUAAAACAGCUUGCUCAAAAAACUGGGCUCACCAAAAGAGUUUUGCAGGGAGAACAAAUCUUGGGGCAUUACAGCCACACUUCCCGACGUUUGAAAAUUCCCUAGGUAUUUUAAGAAGGGGAAAGGUUGAUCGGAAUUCAACAGCAGUGAAGACAAAGACUAUAUUAACACACAAUUAAAUAUCCUAAAACUUUACUCAGAUACAUAAUUACAAUAAGCCUCCAAAAUGUCAUUUGCUUGAAUGUUUAAGCUAAUGUAGGACGCAACGUGUUGUAUUUUUUUUACUUUUAAGCUGUCAGUGGACAUACAUGUAGAGAAAACAUUAAGUAUGCGCUGGACUGAAUUUGAAAGAUUUAGGAUGUGAUUAGAACAGGCCAAUCUGAUUUCCAUCGCACAGCCAAGCUGACUAAUAAAUUAACAGUUUUUUUUCGGACAUCAAACGCAAAGGCUUUGUCUGUAUCCUACAAUUCUAAGUGUAUAAUUAAUUUGAUAUCCAUUUGUAAUGUGGAGACUUGGAUAAGAUGAUUAUAAGCGACAUUCCUAUAACAGGGAUUAUCGAUGUAAGGUAUUUUGAGUCUAAAUUCGCAAGUCCUUCAAGCCCCACAGGCAACAUUUUGGUGUUUCUGGUUGUAAAACAAAAUUGAGAAACAUUGUGCAUGCUAUUAUAAUACUUUUCUCUAAAUUCUUUUAAAUAUCAAAGGGUCCAAUGUAAUAUUGUCAGUACUGUUCUUGGGUGAUGUAUACAUUUUCAUUGGUUGAUGUUAAUUGUAAUAAACAGCUUUCAGUA